GAUGGCGUUAUGUUUGGUAGAUUGUCUCCGCGCUCUCCGCCCCCUUUGCCUCGCGCUGACCCCAACACAACCCAAGGUUCUUGGGGCUUACUUGUCUUUAGUUGAUAUUCUUAUAGAAGACGAUGUGGCGCUCGUCCUCCAAAGGAUGUCACCUGAAGACACUCACGUCUUAAUGACGCUGGUGGAGCGCGGCGCGUUAUCAGGGCAGACAAGAUUAGCGAGUUGUGCAUUAGAAAGUAUUUAUGUAUUAGCAAUGCAUGCAGCAGAUCUGCAGCUGCAAGGAGGUCUUUAUAAUCCUAGCUUAGAUGCAGGUAAAGGGGUGGAGGCUCUCUUUGUUGCUACGCCCCAAGGAGACUCCGUCCAGCAGGUGUAUGUACACCUCGCACAGCUGGCGACUGCUCUGCUGCAGAAGCUGCCCAACGAGCAAAUGACUCCAGCGGAACAAGAUGUGAUUGGGGCUUGUUUAUUUGCUGCUCUCUUUUGUAUUGGGGUUCGUGCCUUCGCUCUGCGGCAUUUGCUGCGUUGUUUUGCUGCUAACUUCGCAGCUCAAGGCGCAGGUAGCUGGAGUGGGGGCUGCUCAACUCAUUCGUUGGAGCAGAGAAUUGAGGAGUUAGAGACGGCUGUCUUAGUUGCUGUGCGGGAGGCGCUGCCUGCUGAUGCAGCAGCAACAGGUGCAGCAGCACCAGCAGCACCAGCAGCAGGAGCAGCAGCAGCAACGAAUCAGGGGGCCCCUCCACGCUUCAGGCAGCAGCAUUUCCACAAGAGAGAAGAUGCCUUUAAGCUUGAACUCGCUAAUUUCGUAGCAGAGUUCGCCACCUUCGCACCCUCCAGAGGCCCGUCAACUUAG